AAGACAGUUACGUCUUCACUCGAAAUGCACUGCGCAUGUCAGUUUGUUUGAUAGAUAAACAAGAACUGCAUAAGCUUAAACAAAUACAACGAAAAACUUAAAUCGUAUUCUGGUGUGACCAUGGGGAAGGCCUUCUCCCUCCUGUCCAUGCAGGCAUGUUACGAUGACUCCCUGACCACCACACAGGACGAUGAUGGGAAGAGAGAGGACGUGUCCCAGUUCCCCUACAUAGAGUUCACAGGCCGGGACAGCGUCACAUGUCCCAGCUGUCAGGGCACUGGGAGGAUACCUAGAGGCCAAGAGAACCAGCUGGUGGCAUUGAUUCCAUACAGUGACCAGAGACUCAGGCCCAGGAGAACAAAGCUGUAUGUGAUGGCCUCAGUGGCUGUGUGUCUGCUGCUGUCCAGCCUGGCUGUCUUCUUCCUAUUCCCUCGUACCAUAGACGUCUCUUACGGGGGCGUCAAGUCUGUCUUCGUCACCUACGAUGAGGAUAAGAGGAUUGUCUAUCUCAACGUGACGAACACUCUGAAUAUCACCAAUAACAACUACUACAGUGUAGAGGUGUCUAACAUCACAGCCCAGAUCCAGUUCUUCAACACAGUGAUCGGGAAGUCCUGCAUCAAUAACAGCACCGCUAUCAGUCCUCUGGGCUUGCAGCAGGUUGACUACAUGGUUCCCACCAUUAUAGCAGACGAGAUGAGCUACAUGUAUGAUUACUGCACCCUACAGACCAUAAAGGUGCACAACAUUGUGGUUAUGAUGCAGGUGACGGUGACCACAGCGUACUUUGGCCACAUGGAGCAGGUUGCUCAGGAGAUGUACCAGUAUAUAGACUGUGGAGGUAACACCACCACUGUGAGGGGGGAGCAGCACAUGGUGUCUAAUGCCCCAAUACCCCCAUACUUGCCCCUCUACCUGACCUGAGCCCGGUCCUGGUGAGGGUCCUUGGAUGCUAGUCUUAGAUCAGGGAUCUAGGAAACCUGCCAAAUCUGGAGAGGAGCUGUGUGUGUGUGUAGGCUAUUGUUCCAGCCCUUCUCUAACACAGCUGAUCAGCAGGAUAUAGAAUGUUAGAGCAGGGAUAAACGUGUCCACCCAGUAGCUCUCCAGGAGGGGGGUUUGCCACCCCAGCCGAAGAUGGUACACUGUGUUUCUCCUUCCUCUUCACCAUCCAUCUACUGAUGAAGACCCCACUGUCAUGCAUUUCUGUGUUAGCUUACCAUUUUGUUGGGAGUAUAUGCCAAAUGUGCAGUUGAGGGGAAAAAUACUUGUUUUAAAUGUAUUAACACUACCACAAUGUUUCAGUACCAAACCAUUAUGCACUUUAUUAAUGCAGUUCAAAUUCAUCCUGUCACUGUGACAAUGUAACAUUUCACGAUGCCACUCCCGACUCCUCCAAACCACUUUGAACUGUAAAUGUAUAUGAAGUAAUAACACUUUCCUGUCUAUGGAUGAGGAUAACCUCUGAAAGAGUUCUCUCAGUAAUCUGAUCUCAAAUCAUUAUGAUAGUCAGAGAAGUUGAGCCAACAGAUCUGUGACCAUCUUCUAUUCUCAAAGUUAAACCUGUUUUAACACAAUAGUGUGUGUUCUCAAGACAUUAAUCUAGUCCAUUUAAAUCUGCUGGUAAAUCACAAUCCCCUAUAUAGCACUACUAGGGCUCUGUCCAAAGGUAGUGCGCUAUAUAGGGCCCUCAAACUCAACUCUGGACCUCGAAGCCAGUUUCAUUGUGGGCUUUCAUUGUUCCCCUCUAGUCAUGGACUGAUUUAGACCUGGGACAACAGGUGGGGUGCAAUCAUCAGGUAGAACAGAGAACCAGCAGUCUCUGGACCUCGUCGGGUUAGAGUUGAAUUCCCCUGAUAUAGGAAAUAAGGUGCCAUUUGAGAUGAAGCCAGAAUGUGGCGUUUCCAGAAUUUCUCAGCUUAUAAUGACCAGGUUCUCCUUUAGAGGGCUCUGUACAAUCUGUGAAUUUGGACCAGUUUACUGCGAUCCGUUGUGUGUCUGAUCCGUUAACGUGAAUUGAAAGGCUUAUAUCCCUGAAAUUGAGUAAAUUUUAAGAUAUUAAGUUCCUUCCACCACUCUGUUCCCAAUUGGUAAAAUAUUGAUUGAUUGAUAGUGAUUCCUUAUCAGUAAUUUACUCCUCUGUUUGUGCCCACGAGGGAGUUGUGUAAUGUUUUGCGAUCUGUACCUACUGCUGAUUUGUAUUUGACCAACUGAAUUUUUACAUUCCAUCGGAUCCAUUUUCAUGAUAUACAUAGAGGAUUUAUUAAUAACCUGCAAGGAACUGCGUUUUGAUAAUUUACUUCCCCGCCUAUCAAACUCAGUUGAGUUUGUAGAACUACCUAGAUUUAAUGAAAACCUGUUUUAAUACAACUUUUGUAAUAUGAACUCAAAUGAAUAUAAACUACCCUCUUUCAUAGAUAUAAAUAUACCUUGAAUUAUACAACUGUAAUAUAAACUACCCUCUGUCAUAGAAAAAUAUACCUUGAAUUUCUUAAUGAAUAUUCAAACUGUGUAGUUUGAUGUAAUUAGCCGUUUCCUAGGUUAUUGUAGAGCACAUUUAAUUUAGUUUUUGUUUCUAAUCAUACACCUUAAUCGUGUAUGGAAGAGUGGUUCAGCUUUUGAUGGAAUGUUCGGAUCGAGUGAAGACUUGAAAUACUAUUGGUACAUCAAGAAGAAGAGUGGUUUUAAUGAUCUGAUGAGGUUGUUCUUUCUGAAUGUCUACUUCUGUGGGGUAGAUACAUUAUUCUGAUUAACAACUAUUUGACAAGAUGUAAAUACAAGCUGUAUAAAUGUAGUUUUAUUUAUUGGCUUUUCAUCACAUAUAAAAUUGUUUGUCCUACCUAGGUAUGUUGUCAUGCUUUCAGGAAGAAAUGUAAUAGCAUGAAUGAAGUUGUCACCACA